AUGGGCGAUCCCCAUUUCCCUCACAGAUCUAACCAUAAUCCCAACCCUUAUUACCCUCACAACGCCAAAUCGAGGAGCGGCCGCACCAACCUAGCGUCCUGCGCGGUCGCCACCGUCUUCCUGCUCGCCAUCGCGGCCGCCGCAGUCGCCGUUUACUUCUUCCUCUUCAAGCCCAAAUCCCCGCUGAUCGCCGUCAAUGCCGUCCAGUUCCCCACCUUCUCCGUCUCCAACGGCACCGUCAACUUCGAGUUCUUCCAGUACGUCACCGUCACCAACCCUAACCGGGACGAGUUCUCCCACUACGACAGCUCGCUGCAGCUGGUCUACUCCGGACAGCCGGUCGGGACCGUCUUCAUACCCGCCGGCAGAAUCGGCGGCGGCGAGAGGCAGAAGAUGUCCGCCAAGUUCGAUCUACAGAGCUACCCGCUCCCGCCGCCGGAGAGGGUCGCGAUCGGCGGCUUGAGCGACGGUGCCGCCGCGGCGGAGGGGACGAUGGAGAUCGAGACGCGGAUGACGCUGGUGGGGAGGGUUCGGGUGCUGAAGGUGUUCAUGCACCGGGUGGAGAGCCGAGUGAAGUGCGGGGUGGCGGUUGAGGUCACGCGCGGGACCGUGCUAGGUGUCCGCUGCUGA